GGGAAGCAAUCGCAAAAUCUCGGAGAAGAAAUGGCGGCCAAAACCCUAAUCAGGUCGGGAGCUUUACUGAUGAAUCGGUUCCUCUCGAAGCCAACGACGAAUCUCGUACAGAACAAUCUCAGAGCGAUUCAGCAGAUCGCUCCUCAGCGACAAGAACUCCCACCGUAUUUUCCCUCGUCGUUUUCGAAUUUACAAAGCUCGCUCCAUCCACGCCUUAACGACAAAGUUACGCUUCAGGAGCUAACGCAACGUGGUUUUCUCCACCCAUCUGGUCUUCCUUCACUCGAGUUCUUCUUACCAGAAGUUGAUCCUUCAAGUGAACCGUUGCUUUUAUUUCCUAAGAGGACAUUCCAACCUAGCACCAUCAGGCGUAAACGGAACCAUGGAUUCUUUGCUCGCAAAGCAACCAAAGGUGGACGGAGAGUCAUAGCUCGAAGGAUAGCCAAAGGGCGUCACAGAGUCACGGCUUAGAAUCUCUGUGGAUCUCCGGUUAUCGAGUAGGCCGGUUAAGUCUCUCUUUUUGUGUCCUUUCAGGCUAGAAAAAUCUGAAUCUUUGAUCUCAGAAAUAAUUUGGAUAUAUUAGUAUCCAUUUUUUUAUGUUUUGUUGAAUCUUGGAAACGAGUUAUAAUUUUUAAAGAUCUCAGCGUGUUUUUUCUUUUUUUUUGUGGACAACCUUAACUCCUUUUUAGUGUUUGUUAUUAAGGAAUCUU